UUCAUCUCACCUGGGCAUAACGGCGGUCCGGCGAUCCCAGCCCCGCGCAGCUGUCCAGCGGCCUAGUUCUCUCCACGUCACUAGCAAAUCACCACAGUUCGACCUCCCUCGUAAAUACCUGCCCGCACACAUGCUGCUUGUCACGCUGGCCGCGCUGGCCGCCCUAGCACCUUGUAGGGCGUCGCCUCUGAACGUGCUGUUUGUCAGCACCGUGUCCUCGCCCAGCCACUACAUCUGGGUGAGCGCACUGGCGGGCGAGCUCCUGCGCCGUGGUCACCACAUCACCGAGCUGGUUAUCAGGCCACCGGCCACCCCGCACCCCAACAUGACGAGCUUCGUUAUGGCGGACAAGACGUUCGGGGAGGAGUAUGGCUUUGACCUCGAAGAGACUUACGACUACGGCUUGUUUGAAGAGGUCGAAUUUUUGUUUGGCUUCUACAGAGUCUCCACAAAUACUGUGUUCGAAUCGAAGGCGUUCGCAGACCUCCGAAACUAUUUGAAGCUGAAGAAGCCUAAGUUUGACGUUUUCGUCCUUGACUUUCCGAUGCAGGAGGCAUUGAUCGGGCUCAAUUACGAAAUUGGCAGACGGCCCAUGGUCGUCAUGACUCCCUACAACAUGCCCGAGGGAAUCCUGCGGAUUAUGGGCAGUCCCUACUUCCCUUCUCUUCUGCCCUAUGGUGGUGUCGGCGCCCAUAGCGGUCAACCACUCACCUUCACUGAGCGUGCGAAGAGUCUGUACCGCUGGAUCAUCUGGCGGGCGUACACCGACUGGGUGUACCGGCCAGACGUGGACACUAUGAUCGCUAAGAAUUUUCCUGGUUCACCACCGCUGGCCGAGCUGGAGAAAGACGUAGCCAUAUCGUUGGUGAAUACCAACCCAGGGUUGCACGGGUCUAUGCCAAUAGUGCCCAGCAUUGUCGAGGUGGGUGGCAUGCAGGCCAGGCCCGCGAAGCCCCUGCCUGACGACAUCCUGGCCUGGGUCAACGAGAAGGCGGCGCCAAACGGCUUCGUGUACAUGUCCUUCGGAACGAAUGUCAGAUCGGCCGCCCUCAACAAAGACAAGCGGAACGCCAUCCUAAGGGCGUUCGGCCGCAUCAAGCAGCGCGUGCUGUGGAAGUACGAGGAGGACGAUAUCUUAGACAAGCUGCCACGCAACGUGCGCGUCGCCAAGUGGUUGCCGCAGAACGACAUUCUGGGACACCCCAACAUUCGCUGCUUUAUCUCUCACAAUGGUGCACUUGGCACCCAGGAGGCUAGUUACCACGGGGUGCCCAUCCUUGGUGUGCCCUUCAUGGACGACCAGCCGCGGUACGCUGAAAAGGUAGAGAGAAUAGGAAUCGGCCGUAAGGUCAUCUACCGCACCAUAACCGAGGAAAGCUUCUACGAGGCGCUCACCGACGUCAUCAACAACCCCAGAUACCGCGAGGCGAUGAAGGUGGUGCAGAGCGCGGUGCGCGACCAGAAGGAGCCGCCGGUAGAGCGCGCCGCCUGGUUCGGGGAGAUGGUGGCGCGCACGGGCGGCGCCCCACACCUGCGCUCGCCCGCGCUGCGCCUGCGCUGGUACGAGGUCUGGAUGCUGGACAUCCUGGCCGCCACCGCGCUGGCCGCAGGCCUCGCGCUCUGGCUCCUCGCCCGCCUCCUCAAGGCCCUCUCCUCGGCGAGCAGCCCACAGUGCACCAGGGCCAAGGCCAAGGCUCAUUGAUGUUAGCGAGCACCCACCAGCACCCGAAGCUGAGACUGUGCAUUUGAGAAUUAUCGACUCUAGUUGCACGACUCUAGUGCUCCCACCAUGACAGCAACGGAUUUCAAAAUCAGCUGACUGCGCAGACACACAUAAAUGGACCCACGUGAGGUGACACGAGGUCGAAACAACAGCCGAGAGCUGCUGCUGUCCCGACCCGGUCUCACGAAGACUGCAAGUCAUCGUCUAUCCAAGGACACCCAACGACUGGUUGUACGGACAAGAAGAACGCAGCGUUCGACGGACCUGGCACGCAGAGGCGAGGAAAGAGGAAAGAAGGCGGUCUCUGACUUCUGAUGGCACGUGGAUCUUACUAUGGUAGAGCCGCACUUCGCCACAUAAUUGGAAAAUAAUAUCAAGAGGGAAAUUCAGUGGACUGCGAAAGUUCUUUAAUAGACGAAGAAUCGCGGAUUAUGACACACGGUGGCCCAGUAAACUUACUUGCGUUUGGACGGUGAUGAGACGACAACCAGCAAUAUUAGUUUAGGAAUAAAAUCAACUAUGAUGAACAA